GAUGACUUCAACGAUGACGGCUUUACUUAAUGACUUUGAGCAGCGUUAUUCUAUUAAUACUGCAGAAAUUACUGCAAAAAUUGGACAACUUCAGCAAUUGCCUCCCUCAGAAGUCCCUUCUGCUUCUAAUGAGAUUAAAAAGCUUCUAAUGGAUGUUGAGGAUCUUCUUGAACAGAUGGAAUUGAGUGUUCGUGAAAUUGAGCCUAGCAACCCAGACCGCUCUAAAUACGAUUUGCGCGUUAAAAGCUAUAAAAGUGACAAGAAACAGUUGGAAGCAGAGCUUCGAAAAGCUGUAGACCGUAUCCGUAAUGUUGCUGAUAGAGACGAACUUUUGGCAUUUAAUGAUGCUUCUGUAAAUGUUGAUCAGCAAGACAAAUUGAUUGAAAACACGGAACGUUUGGAUGCUGGAGCGAGAAAGUUGCAAAAUUGUGAGAGAAUUACUAUUGAAACUGAACAGAUUGGAGAACAAGUUUUGGGCAAUUUAAGCCUUCAAAGAGAGACUUUAACACGUAAUCGUGACCGUAUGAGAGAAGCAAAUUCUGAUUUGGGACGAAGUAAUCGAAUUGUUUCGCAAAUGAUACGAAGAGUUAUCCAAAACCGUUUGGUGCUUUUGGUUGUUUUUGUUGUUUUAAUGUUCUCUUUGCUUUAUUUGGUUUAUAAAGCUAUUUGA